AUGGCUACGUACUGUCCACUGAGGCGCCUGAUAACGUCGUGCUUAUUGGUGAGCGACCGUGCGUACUGACAUCUGUGUCGGUUUCCGAACUAACAUACCGCCCCUUCGAGGACUGCGUCGACCUUUUUACCACUUCUGUUUCUUCUUCCCGUUUGUUUAUUUUCAAAGCCUCCCGUUUUUCCAGUAGCACCAACACUGCCUCCCUUACUGAUAUUACUUGUAAAUAUGUUUCUUUCAAUGUUGACGAUAUGUUUUACUUAAUCCCCCUGUUGCACACCUUCCAUCUACAAUGACUUAAUUUCCACGUCCAUCCCCCAUCAACCAAACCUCUCUGCAGAUGUAUUCAGUUGUCCAGUUUGUGUGCGAUGACUCAUUGGCCGUUGUUGCCAACUCGUGGUUGCUUGAGGAUAACUUACUUGCCUGGCCAAAGGACCGGGAAUUGCAGCGUCUAUUGGAGGCCAAUCGACGACCAACGGACGGCGAAAGCUCUAUGAAGUUAAAGUACUCAAGGACGGCCUCGAUCUCGAUAAGGCGCGCCGGAUAGCCCAAAAGGCCGAAGAUACGGAUCACCUGUCAUCGUCAGAGCCGGAAAGAUAAGGAAGAGGCAUGCGGACAAAGUACGUUGCCAAAACAUUACUUAUUUUUUCAUAGAUUUCCCCGAAGACUAACUUCCGAUUCGGAAGAGGACGACGAAAUACAGGAGAUACGGAAGCACACAGAGCGACGGCUAGGCCCGUGGCCCGCACCUCCGGCUCUACUCCGGUAGGUCUCAUUGGCUUAUCCGAACUUCAGGCCCACAAACGAUAAUGUUCCGGCUACCUCCUAUUCUCAACGAAGAGAAGGAGAAAGAACAAGUUAUUAGUAAUCAUGCCUUAUCACAUUGUCGCUUUAGGUUGCCGGACGGGGAGAACUUGGCGCCUGAAAUACGAAACUUGCUGAAAGAAAUGAAGCAAGAGUUGGCAUGUCUAAGGUAAACCGAUUAAAACCCUUUAAUAUCAUAUAGGAAAAAAUUGGACUUCCUUUCAGAGGAAAUGGUCUGGGUGAAGACCCAUAUACAAGAUAUCGAAGCCAAGCAAGCCGACAAUCGUCGAGCGUUGCAAGCAGUAAGCUUUGUUUCCAAAGUGAAGCCUCCCAUUCUACAACUGCCUUUGCGGACUGCAGAGGCGUAUAAAGACUUUCUUACGAAAAUUGGCUCGGACAAUAAGCUAGCGCAGGAAACGGUAUGUAAACAAGCUUGGACACUCAUUACUGCUUAUAGGUAAAGCAUUUGUCCACCGUUGGGGGACGGACUGAAAAGGAGUUCGUACGUAAUCUCCUGACAGCCCUUCUUGGACCUCCCCUCUGCCAAACUUUCUGUUGGGCUGGCUCCAACGACAAGAAGUCUUUCGUAGGGAGCCCUCUAUUCAGUGUCCUAAGUGGUCUGUUUAUUAUGUUUUUUUUUAACACCUGCAGAUGCAAUACGCUGUAAUGAGCAGUACCGUAGCUGCCAUUCCGAAGUAAUUCGGCAAACAGCUACUGAAUGGUUCCAUGGAACACGAGACAGAUACGGAGGGCGAGCCAAAAGGCGUCGAGUAGCUGAUAUGGUACUUACUUUUCCAACAAGUUUUUACAACACAUUGAUUUAGGGUUCCCUAGAACAUUCAACAAGCAGCUAUGAACUUUCGCAAACAAUAUCGGAGGACACAGUGAGUAACUUCAUAUUUGCUAUGUAGCCGGCUAAGCUAUGACUUUCAGUAUAAUUUUUUUAUCUCUAUUUAAUAUUAGUAUUAUUUAAAAUUAAUUAUUCAACCAGUCUGCAUAAUUUUCUUAUGCUCAGUAAAUUUAAUUUUUAAUUUUUGCAUUAAGACAUACAUCUAAUUAGCGGAUACCUCUUUAUGAUUUACUUUCAAAUUAAUUAAUACUGAUUUCAAUUUUUUUUAUUAUUUUGUAUCGUUAUUUUGACAGCUAUACUUGAUAAAAACAUUUACAGGGGACAUAAAUGACUUAUUAACCAAAAAAGAUGGCUAUUUAUUCCUUUAGUUCCCUCUAAAUGUUUUUAUAAAGUAUUUCUGACAUUUUCAGGCAUUUUUUUCACUCCAUAAGUUAUUUAACUGAAAUUUUUAUUUAAAUUGCCCUAAGUAAAUUUAAAGUUACUUAGGGCAACUUAAAUGUUACACCACGCAUGCCGUUUAGUAAAACAAAAUUAUUACUUAAUUUACUAUUAUGAAGAAUUGUUUACUUAUUAAUGUUUUUUUAGGAGCCUGCCGUGGAUGAAAACUUCCGGCAACACAACGAUGCCGUGUAA